AUGAGUUUACAAUUUCUUUCAGAUCGACCCGGUUUACUUCAACCGAAAUCAGUAGAAGAUAUUCAGGAGGUUUAUACUUCCGCACUACAGUCAUAUGUUGAUGCGCUAAGACCUAAACAGCGGAACAUUUUUUCUCGCUUGUUGAUGAAACUUACCGAUCUUCGAAGCCUUGCUUCUGAACAGAGUGAAAUAAUUACGGGAAUCAGUUCAACGGGUAUCGCUAUCACGCCGUCGUCAUCAUCACAGCAGUCGUAUGAUGUGAAAUUUACGAUUACAAAGCCACAACUUCACCACCGCCAGCAUCACCAACAGCAACAACAACCACCAUAUCCUUUAUAUACGCAGACACAUUAUCAACCGUCAACCGGUUAUCCAUAG